AUGGUUUUCCUUUCACACGCAGUUUCUGAUGCUCGCAUGAACGAUGAGGAAUAUACAGAUCCUGUAGAGACAACAAUUUAUGGAACUCGCUGGGCAGCAAACGAUAUACCAACAUAUGAAAUGCCAGAAGGAAAUAUGCCUGCAAAUGUUGCAUAUCGAUUAAUUAAAGAUGAACUUGCCAACCGUUGUGUUAACAUCAUUGCCCGUCUUUUUAAUGCACCCAUGGACGAUGCUCAUGCAGAGUCUUUAGGCUGCUCAACUGUAGGAUCUACAGAAGCCAUUAUCUUAGCUACUUUAGCAAUGAAGCGUAGAUGGCAAUUGGCCAGAAAAGCAAAGGGAUUAUCAACCGAAAAUCCCAAUUUUAUCAUGGGAGCAAAUUGUCAGGUAGCUUGGCAUAAAGCCAUGAGAUAUCUCGAAAUAGAAGGUCGUGAAGUACCAUGCACCAAAGAGUUAUUGUAUAUGGACCCUAAAAAGGCCGUUGCUCUUGUUGACGAAAACACUAUUGGUGUUUGUGCUAUCUUAGGAUCAACGUACACUGGGCAUUAUGAAGAUGUUCAAACUCUUGAUUCUUUAUUGGAGGCCAAAUGUAAGGAGAAUGGUUAUGAUGUCGGUAUCCAUGUCGAUGCUGCCAGUGGUGGAUUUGUCACUCCUUUUACCGUCCCAAACUUGGUUUGGGAUUUCCGACUACCAAGAGUGCAUUCGAUCAAUGUUUCCGGCCACAAGUAUGGUUUGACCUAUCCCGGUAUUGGUUGGGCUGUAUGGAGAGGAAAGGAUUAUCUCCCCGAAGAUCUUGUUUUCAGAAUCAAUUAUCUUGGUUCAGAUCAGGCAUCUUUUACCCUUAACUUCAGUAAAGGCGCAUCCAACAUUAUUGCUCAGUAUUAUGUCCUUAUUCGUCUAGGAAAGCUCGGAUUUACACACAUCAUGAAGAACUUGAUCAGUAAUGCAGAUUACCUGUCUGAUCAGUUAGAAGCUACCGGAAAGUUCAAUAUAUUAAGCGAGAAAAGCGGCCGAGGACUCCCACUUGUAGCAUUUAGUCUUAAGGCAAAAAAAGUUUAUGACGAGUUCGAUCUUUCGUCCAAACUUCGUGAACGUGGCUGGAUUGUCCCUGCUUAUACUAUGGCUCAUGAACUGGAAGAUAUGAAACUUGUCCGUGUAGUUGUUCGUGAAGAUUUUUCACGCAAUCGCUCCGAGAUUUUACUUCGUGAUAUUUUAGCAGCCAUAUCUUUAUUAGACAGUUUGGAUGAAAAGGCCCUUGAAAGUCAUCGUAAAUACCGCCGCUCUAGUGCUAGACACAGACAUCGCUCCACUCUUAGCCCAAAUAGAGCUCCAAACACCAAGGGUAAAGCUGGCAAGGCCAAGACGGCUCCCGGUGUUUGUUAA